GACAUGGUCGUGCGUUCGUCUCGACGAAACUCGACGCCACAUGUGGUGUUACACUUGUUAAAUAUUAAUGUGCUUGCAGGGCGACGGCCAGUCGGUCUUCGAUCAGCGCCACAACAUUGUCGUGGAACGUUUCCAUGGCCUGCCGAUGUUGCGGCGACAUGCGCAGCCGAGGCGCCGUAUCUGCCACGGACACGGUGCCCAACACGUGUCCGUCCGACGUGCGUAGCGGGAAGCCGCAAAAGAACCGGAUGCCUUCGGAACCUGUGACACGGGGCGACGACGCGAACCGGGGGUCGGCGGUCGCGUCUGGCACGAGCAGCAACGCUGUGUCACUGGACGCGAGAAUUUCCCUCACGAGAGCGCACGUGCUGGGGAUUUGCGACGGCGCCGUCGAUCCAAACGCACCUUUGAGCACCGUCGCGCCUUGGUAGAUGAGCGUCACGUAGCCGUUGGCGCACUCCAUGUCGGCACACACUUCUUCACACAGGACGUCGUGGAGGCUGUUGGCGCCCACAUCCAAGCAUGCAAACAUUUGGAGUUGGUCUUCGAGACUCGUCGCAUCGUGAUCAUCUUCGUGGCCAUGGCCGCCGACGUGACUGCUGUCGUUACUACUGGCGCGGCUGCUAACGUGGCUGCUGUUGCUGCGACGAGGGCGGGGGGGCGACGACUGGUUGUCGGCAAUGUCGUACGGAUGAUCUUGUUGUUGUUGUUGCAGUGUCGUCGUCGAGUCGCUGGUCGAGGUGCGAUAGCGGUGGCGGCGAUGAUGAUACUCAUCAUCGCUACCUUCGUCUUCGUCGCCUUCUUCAAUGUUGGCCGCCUCCAUUUCCAACAGCGGCACGACGUAGCGUUGUGGUUGACGGGAAUGAUCCUUGGAGGCCAUUGGUGUCCAGGGCGACGGCGACAGUUGGGGGCGCAAUGUCAUGGUGCGCAUCAUAGCAUCGACGUCUGGAUUGAAACUCGGGCGUUCGCGCAGCACAAUGGGCUCAACGGUGGGUGGUGGUGGUGACCGUUCUGUUGGAGACGGAUGCGAUGGGGCGGAAGGGGGCGACGUCACGGGGACGGCAGUCUCGGCAACGCACCCGAGGCACAGCUGCAGCUCAAACACGUUGGCCGGGCCGACUUGGACGUUUUGAAGCACGGAGCACCCCCCACAGAACGGCAUGGUGCAGGCACCACAGACCCCCACGGCCACUGAGGCACAGCAUCGCAUGCAAAUCUCCUUUGCGGCCGACGCUUUCGUGGCUUGGCGGGGGGUGGGCCGGGGAGUGGCGGGGGGGGCUUGGCGGGGGGUGGGCCGGGGAGUGGCGGAGGCAGAAGCUGGUUUCUUUGCAGAAAUCGGCGGGACCACCAUGGUGACCCCAGGGAAGCGCGUUUGGGCGUCAAACGCCAGAUUGUCUUCAUACACGUCGGUGGCGUUGCUGUUGUCAUCGCCGUCAGGGUUGGAUCGCAACGCGUCUCGAUGGGACAAUGCGCGUCUGGACGACGACCGGCGAUGGUUGUGGAGUCGACUGCGAUGUGGUUUCGGGCAGACGUUGUCGCAUUCUGCCGAAGGUGCAGGGUUCAGCGCGUUGCGGUGCACGAGGGUCACCUGGCAGCCGUGGCACACUUGCAUGGAAACCACUAGCCCCGGCGCCGACUCGACGUCUUGGUGCCGCGUACAUUUCGAGCACAUGGCAGCCUGGCACACCUGGCAAAAGUGCGCGCGCCGAAAGAGGUGGAAGGAUUUGUUGCAUGUGUGGCACGCCCGCGGUAACGUCGCGGUGAAAUUCAACGACGACGACGAGGGUGGUGGCAUCGACGUAGCGUGAACAAGCUGAGACGAUGGGACGACCGCCGAGUCUUGCGUCAAUCGACGGCGCAGCACCACGUUCUUGACCAUGGCUAGCGACGUUGCCACCUUGCCCAGCCACAGACAGGUCUCGUCGCCGCGGGUGGCCGUGGUGUGAUAGCCCAAAAAGGUGAGGCGUAGCCGGUUGGCGCGCGAGAUUUUCUCAAACAGAAACCCAAACGUGAGAUUCUCGUGGUGUGGGGCCGACAAGGUCGUGCUGCCGCUGCUUUCUUUGGUCCAGGAAUCCGUAGACGACAACCGAAUGUCCGACCAGCUGUCGACAGACUCGUAGAACCGCACAACACUGGUGGCUGACAGCGGCUCGACGUGCUCUAGGCAUAGCAGGUCCUUCUGCCAUUGCUUUUUGUCGUGAAAGCGGAUGCGCUUGAUCACAGUCGACCGAGCCACCGGCCCCUUUGUCAACGGGCGCGGCUCGUCGUCGGUGGGCAUCUGAUUCGAUGGCGGAAGCAACGUGCCCCCGUCGCCAAGGUGCCGGGCUACAGUUGACACGUCAAUGGCACGAUCGAACAAGCGCGAGAAGAACGGAUCCGAGUCGUCCAGGUCGGUGGGUGCAAAGAGUUCGAGAAUCUCCGACAGUGGCGCGUGAAGCUCCAGAGUGGCGCGUACAAAGUACUGUUUGGUCUCGGACACGUAGUCGUGGACAACGUGACUGUCUUUUCCACGGUGGUUGCCCUGCGGAUUUGACGACGACGACGGCCCUUUGGUGCUUUCGGUGCACUCUUUCGCAAACGAGAUGGCACAUUCCUGUGCGAACGCCGCAGUCUUCUUCGCGCGGUUCGUUGGCGACCGUGCUGCAGCAGACGACGACGACGACCGUGGGUUGCUUCCAGACAUGAUGAGCGUAUCGACCGGCGCCUUGCAAGACGCGUCGAUGGUUUGGACAAG